AAUUUUUCAUAACUUAAAUAUAUGUAACAAAAUAUAUAAAAGAAGCUAUUAGUCAUUUUUAAUAGUAUAGAUAAGUUUUCAAACAUAAUUUACUCAAACUGAACUAGACCCAAAAAUUUAUGCCAAAUCCGUAUUGAAUCUGGCAGAAUAUCCAAACGAAUCCAAAAUCUUGAUAUUUGAGGAACCGAAAUCGAAUCCGAUCCGAACCAAAAUAUUUCAAAUAUCUAAAAAUAACUUAAUGACAAUUAUAUAUUUAUUUUAAUACAUAAUAUUUUAAUACAUAAUACUUGAAAAUAUCCAAUAUAACCAAAAAUAAAUCUGAAAAGUCAACAAUUACUCAAAACACCAAAAAUAAGUUAAAUACAUGCUGUCUAUCUACUUAAAUACCCAAACCAAAAUAAUUUCAUAUUUAUUUUAGGUAUUUAACCAUACUUUACAAUUUUUUAUUUUUUUGGAUUUUGAGGAUUUAAGGUAUAUUUUUGAAAUUGUUUAUAUAACUUCAACGGGUAUCUGAACGGAACCUGUAAGGAUCUGAACCGAGCCUGAAGCGAAACUGAUAAAUAUCCGAAUGAGAUUUAAAUCUCUAACCCCAAAAAUAUGAAAGUAAAAUAGACUCAAACAGAAUCCCAAUGAGUACCUUAAAAGUUAAAAACCAUCCGUAAUAUUUUCAAUUACAAUUUUUAGGUAAAAAAAAACUAAAUAUAAAUUUGGUGAGCGAAAGUCAUACUAUCUAUAUGUAUGUUAAAUUAUUUAAUAUUUAAUUCAAUUUUUAAGUUAUUAUAAGUACAUUUAAAAUAAAAUAAAUAUGAGAAAUCAUACCCCAUUUUAAUAAUAUAGGUACAAAAACCACAAUUUUAUAAUUGUAUGUUUAAUUAUAAUAAUUUAGUAAAACCAGUGGCAUUCAUAAAUUUGGUUAUACUACUAUGUAUUAUUUUAUUUUUAAGUUUAGUUUUUUUUUAUUUACCAAAUCAUUUACUUUUUUAAUAAUUGUGCCACUGUGAAAUCUCAAAAAAAUUUUAGACCCAAAGACUAAUCCCACGAGACCUUGCAUCUGAGUAUGCAAAAUCACAUCGUUAAGGACACGGCUAGGUGACCAAUGCUAUUCGAACCCAAAGCGAAAACUCUAGUUGGAGCCAUUUUGCCACUAGGCCAAAAGCGACUUGGUUAACAAAUUAGUUACAUGAAUAAAUUUAUCUAAUCUAAAAUGAUAUAAAAUAUAUUUUAAAUAUAUAUAUAUAUAUAUAUAUAUAUAUUCAUUUUUUUGAAAAUAAUAAAUUAAAAAAUAAAGUAGUAAAAUUAAUAAAAAAAAUUAUGGUUAACUUUGUUAAGUAUAUAAUAAAUUAAUCAUAUAUAAAUAAAAUGAACCAGUAAAUUAUAUUAUAUAUAUAUAUAUUUAUUUAUUUUGAAUAUUCUAACUAAUUUUUUGGAUAAAAUGAGUUGUUUGGUUUACUAGUUCAAUAACAUCAAAAGUAUUUAAUCAUGUAUAUUUAUAAAAAAAAUAAUGGAGAUAUAUAUAUAUAUAUAUUGAUAAAAAAUAUAUAUAUAUUUCCAUAUUUGCUUUUAUUAAGCAUGUUGAAUUUACAUCGUUAAUAUAUAUCCAUAUUUUGUUUUUGUAACUGAUAUAUUUCCAUAUUUGCUUUUUCUGCUUUUCGGAUAGGGCUACCAUAAAAUUGGUAUAUUUCCAUAAUCUCCAAUCCUGUUUCGACUAAGCACCGACUCAAAAUCCUAUUUAUAUGGAUAGAUUGUAUCAGUCACCACAUUAAAUAAAUAUCAUAAGUCCUAGUUUCAUUCAAACAAAGAACGAACGAUGUCGACCUCCAAGAAGAUCGUGUUGAAGAGCUCGGAUGGCCACAUCUUUGAGGUUGAAGAAGCAGUGGCUCUCCAGUCGCAGACCAUAGCUAACAUGAUUGAAGAUGAUUGCGUCGACAAUGAAAUCCCUAUUCCCAACAUUAAUGGCGAGAUCCUCUCUAAAGUGAUCGUGUAUUGCAAGAAACACGUCGUCCUCCCCGAUGGUGACUCGUCCUCUUCCGCCAAAGAGGAGCUCAAGGCUUGGGAUGCCGAGUUCAUGAAGACAGACCAGUCGACGCUCUUUAACCUUAUUCUUGCUGCUAAUUUUCUGAAUAUAAAAAAUCUUCUUGAUCUUGGUUGCCAAACAGUGGCUGAUAUGAUCACAGGUAAAACUCCAGAGGAGAUUCGUACUGUGUUAAACAUCGAGAACGAUUUCACACCCGAAGAAGAGAAAGAGAUUCGCAAAGAAAACCAAUGGGCGUUUGAGUGAACGUGUGUCGAUGGUCCACUUUGGAUGACUUUUAGUCUCUUUCUCACCUUAUUCAUGGUUAUGUUCCUCCUCGCACAUUCGUGUGCUUUCUUUGCGUUGGAUAAUAAAUUAAUAAGAGCAAUUAUUUUUCUCUUUUCUAUAACGUUUCUUUUUGUUAAUUUUAUAAGGCGUUAGCAUAUUCAAUGAAAAUACCAAAUAUUUAAACAAGACAACAACACAAGUAGAUUAUUUAAGAGCAUAUCCAACGGUAAAGUUCUUAGGCACAAGUUUUUAGUUGUUGUUUUUUUGGUUUUAAAAAAAUAAAAUAAAAAUAAUAAUAAUCGAAUUAAUUGCAGACCGCCAUGUAUCGAGGGACCCGCGCACAAUGCAAAAACCAAACUAAACUUGACUCUUACAAAGAGGCAGAAGAGACAGCUCUUAAUAAUAUGGUAGGACCCGUUUAUUUUGAAUUAUUUUUUAAAAGACAGCUAUAAGAGUUGCCGUUAAUCCUGGUCUAAAGUUGCACUUUUUAGGACCCACAAAAUAGUCGAUUGAUCUUGAUAGGACAUAAUGUGGUUAAUUCAAAAAAAAAAAAGUAAAAAAACCUUGAUGAAUAUUAUAAAGAACAACAUAAUCUGACGAGAA